UUGUGCUUGCUCUUCUCAGCUGAGUUGUUAUACAAAUCGUAAACUCCCUAGCUCCUAUCUGGCUGGAUUUUUACGGCGUAUGACAAAAACUGGGAUGUGCCUGGGCAAGUCAGCUUACUGUAUGCUGAAUUUUAACAAUAAUAAUGUCUCUUAUCAUAGACCAAGUCGUGUCCAAACAAAUAUGGAAUGGCAAACUUCCCAUUCAGAUAUCCCUCGAUCCAACCGAAUCCCGAACAUUCACUGAGCCCAUUUUUACGGAAGCUGCGCGAUGCUCCUACUUGCCCUUAAUCACAGAGCAAUUAGCACCUAUUUAUAGUGGUCUUGAUAUAGAUUUAACACAUACGGACGUAUGGUACGAUUAUCAAGGCGAGCCCUUAAAGUGGCACUAUCCUAUCGGUCUGCUCUACGAUAUGUCUGGUUCAAAAGAUCGACCUUGGCAUAUCACUGUUCAUUUUCAAAACUUUCCCACCGACAAGUUAUUAAUGACCCCGUCGGUGGAAGCGACACAAAAUAUGUUCAUGUCGAUGGUGAAACAGGCGGAUUUUAUACGGCACGGAUCGACUAAGCGCGUCAUGAAUCUAUCCAAAAACGACCAAUCUCAACUUUGGCAGGCAUUAUCUCUAGAUCGAUAUGAUGAUUAUUGGAAUGUCAAUAUGCAUUUGUUAGCGGAUUCGGAAGGUCUACGAUACGUUCCUCUACGCAUCUAUUUACCAGAUCAAUGUCCAGUGAUUCAGGAAAAUGUGUCAUUUACGGAUGAAGGCAACCCAAAGAUGCUAGGUGACGUGCUAGGUGCCAUUUUACCCGACCUAUUUCCUUCGAGUCUAGCGAUACCCAUGACACAUGGAAUACAGUUACCAUUAGAUACACCGAUAGGCUGGGCAUCACAAAACCUAUCAUUUGCAGAUAACUUUUUACAUGUAGUCAUUUGUAAAUGUUCUUGAAACAACUAAAAACUGCUGUGUACAAGGAUCGAAAGAAGAAAAAGA